UCGAGCCGAGUGGUCGUACAGCCUAACGGAAAAUCUUAACGCAAACUUUUCACGGAACACGUGUAUUCUAAAAUCAAAAACGCCGCGUCGCUUAAUCACUUCAUUGCGUGUACGUUGGAACGUUUAAAAUGUGUUUUGUUUUCGCUUCCAGACUUAUUUGGUGAUUUUGUACGUAGUUAGGAACUUUGUAAAAAUGAACAUCUUUCAAAUCGCUUAGUUUGAAUCGUCAUAAUUUGAUUUAAAGUGUAAAUAUGAAUAUUCCAUGUAAUUUGAGUAUAGUGAAGAUUGGGAAUAUGUUAUUAUCUCUACUAGUUCUGGAUUGGCUACUGGCCAGCACGACGGAUGCAACAACACACGAGCCUGGUUUCAGCGGGCCGAUAGAGAACGUGACCGCGCCAUUGGGUCGCGAGGCAGUGCUCGCGUGUGCCGUGCAUAACCUCUCCACGUACAAGGUAGCAUGGCUCCGUGUGGACACACAAACAAUCCUGACAAUUCAUACCCACGUGAUUUCACGAAGUAGGCGAGUGGGUGUGACUCACAGUGACCAUAGAACCUGGUUCCUACACAUCCGGGAGCUUAGAGAGACCGACAGGGGGUGGUAUAUGUGUCAAAUUAAUACAGACCCCAUGAAAAGUCAACUUGGAUAUUUGGAUAUUGUCGUGCCACCUGAUAUAAUGGAUCGCGGAACGAGUACAGAUCAAACAGUUCGAGAAGGAGCUUCGAUAAGUCUGACAUGUGCGGCAUCUGGUUCCCCUCAACCACAGAUAAACUGGCGGAGAGAACAUUCCAAAACUAUCCCUUUGGCUAAUGGCUCGCAAGUGACGACUUUGGAGGGUCCCGUAUUAAAUAUUAGUCGUGUGAGCAGACAGAACGCGGGGCCAUACUUAUGCAUAGCCUCGAACGGAGUGCCGCCCUCUGUAAGCAAAAGAAUAAUGCUCACUGUUGAAUUUCCACCGGUGAUAACAAUACGGAACCAGUUAGUUGGCGCAGCGCUUGGCACUGAUUUAGUACUAGAGUGCGAAACGGAAGCCUUUCCCAAACCCGUCAGCUACUGGAGUCGCGAAGACGGCGAAAUUGUUCCUAUUGGUGGCAGCCUAGAGCCGCAGAGGAUAGCUGGCACCUACCGCUCUAUACUGCGAUUACCUCUAAGAAGAAUCAAGAUAAGUGACUACGGUGCUUAUAAAUGCGUCUCCAAAAAUUCACUGGGAGACACCGAAGGAACCAUAAAAUUAUAUCCAAUGCCUCCACCCGCUUUGGAAAAUAAAAAUGUUAUACAAAGGUUAAACAUCAUGAUGGAUAAGGGAUCGGAAAGUACUCCAUUUGGUACUCAAGAUUUCAGAUUACAAGACUACAACCGAGCCAUCUCCAGGGAUCAGUUUGCGUUCGGCUUUUUGAUCUCAAUACUCCUCAUAGAUAUAAUGCCUUAGAAUUUGUGGCAUAAUAUAAUGUUCUUUGAUGUCGAAAUAACAUGAAUUCUGAAUUAAUUACUUUUAUAACAGAUAGAAUACGAGAUUACGUUCAAACUGUAGAGAAAUAAAAUGAUAUUUUACGGACAAAAUAUUAAAUGUAUGGUAAAAACGAUUAGGAGAUGUAAAAUAAAGUACUUUAACAAAUGAAAAAAAUCUUUGAGGAAUCAAUAGAAUAUUUUAGAAUUUUCUCUUACAUUACUGAGUUCUAAAUCUGUUUAGUAUUUUGCCAAUAUCCACGUAUUUAUUUGUCAUUUGUAAAACAAUUUAUAAUUAUUUGUGAAAUAUGAAAAUAUAACAUUGUCAAGAAGAGAUUUUAAAUUAAUUUAUGAUCGUAACACUGUAAAUAAAUUUGUUUCUUUCAAACGGAGCAAAAAGCCUGCGACAACAUAUCGUAAUUAAUUUAGUAUUUAAUUGUGUAAAAGUAAAUAUAAACUAGUAAUUGUUAUUAUAGUACAAGAUCAUAAAGUAUUAUUAUAGACUGAUAUAUAAAACAAUUGAGUAUUCUAAAAUGUCUAUAGUCAAUUUUUAUUUAGUACCACAGAUUAAAGGAAAAACAAAAAAUAUUCCAAAAAUUGGAUAAUACGAUAAACAUAUAUCUGUGCUUCGUAAAUAGGAUACAAAGCUUCCUUGAGACAAGACAAAGAGUUUACUAAGGGCUAAAUCGUGGAAGUCGUCAGUAACAUCGUAUUACUAUAUCUAUCUAAUAUAUUAUAUAAUUUAGUCUGUGGAGCUAGGCAAAAUGAUCGGUGAUACCAUGCGCUUUAAAGCAGGACUAGUAAGUUAAUUAAAUUAUUUAGGCUUUUUAAAUAAAUGUUCAAAGUCCAGUUUUAAAGCUUAUGGUCACACUACAGUAGGGAUUAGUGCAUAGAAAAGAUGCUAUUUCCGAAGAUGUAAAUAUUUAGCACGUGAAGCUUUUUGCUUUACUUAGAUAAUGUUAUUCAAAGCUUGGUAAAGUUAAGAAAUUAAAUUAAAUUACUUGGUUCAUAUUCUGUUGUGUUUAGUCAGAGUACAGAUACAUUUUUGAGGAUAUUUCAAUAAAGAAAUUUCAAAUAACUAGGACCUGUCAAUUGUAUUGUAAGCGGACCAUUGGGCUGAAAUAAAGAGUUUGCAAAAU